GAAUGAUCAAUGCUUGGAGCAGUCAAAGUGUGUAGAUGGCAUUUGUGAAGAAACAUGUAAGACUGAUAAUGAUUGCUUACAAUAUGAGAAUGGCAGAAUUAAGUACUGCACUACAGGAGGACUUUCUGCUUUACUGAAAGGAAAGUGUGUAAUGAAACAUGAAUUUGGGUACAGGUGUGGAAGAAGUCCAGAAUGUCUUGGUAAAAUGUUCUGCAGAAAUGGGAAAUGUAAAAAGGCCGAGGAAGUGGUCCAAUGCAGUAUAAAUUGCGUUGGGCCAAACUCCAAGAAACCUGAUGCUAUCAGACCAGGAUCUAUUGUAAAUGUUACAUACAAUUGUAUCUUCUUGCGAAGAGGAGAGUAUGGUCAUAUGGAUGUUAGAGCUAAGAUAUGGAUGAACAAACACAAACUGAUUGGCAAAGUGAAUGGUUUGUCUCCCCAAAUCUUCAAUGGAUCAUACACAAAGAAAGCCAGGAAGGGGGAAUUUUCAGCAAGGCUAGUGGCAAAAAUGAGCACGUGUACCAGCUUAAAGUCAAACUGCGGGGCCAAUAGACAAUGUCUUCUAGCUGUAGGACAAUAGUUUACUUGCCUUUUCAUAACUCAUUUUUUGCUAGUUAAAAUAUCCUCAUGUGUACUUAGCUUUUGUAAGUGAAGUAUUCUGUAAUAAAUGUUGUGACAAUUGGUUCCAUGACAUAAUAGUAAGAGAACAAGAAUUAAACGUUUCAACUUUACAAAAAGUAUGGAAAAUUCACUCCUGGACUUUACACCUACUUUGUGCAACAAAAGAAAUAAAGUUUUGUGAAAUGAAAAAAA